UUUGGAUCCACGAAUACAAUACUGCAUUAUGCAACUUCUCUCAAACAUCUUUGGAAUAAAAGUGAGGGAGAAUUGAUCCGACGACAGUGAUUAGAAUCGUCAGUACUAUCAAACCUCAAGAACCACAAAGCCGGUGAAGCGCAAAUCAAGCGACGAUGGUGGCUCUGAAAGAAGGGAGCAGGCCACCAUGGGUUGGUCUUGGAGCGGCGGUUUGGGUUCAAAUAGCUGCAGGGAAUGCCUACACUUUCCCUCUCUACUCGCCUUCUUUGAAAUCAGUCCUUGGUUUCAGCCAGCAGCAGCUUACCAUUCUCGGAGUGGCCAAUGAUAUCGGGGAAAAUGUGGGGAUUCUUCCAGGGAUAGCCUCCAAUAAGUUCCCACCCUGGUCUAUCCUACUUGUUGGUGUUGCUUGCUCUUUCUUUGGCUAUGGCGUUCUUUGGCUUGCUAUCAGUCAGACUGUUCAAUCUUUGCCUUACUGGCUUUUAUGGAUUGCACUGUGUAUAGCCACAAACAGUAGUGCAUGGCUUGGGACAGCUGUGCUUGUUACCAACAUGAGGAACUUUCCUCUCAGCAGGGGAACCGUUGCUGGUAUACUCAAAGGGUAUAUUGGUAUAAGUGCCCAAGUCCACACUGAGGUAUUCACUAUGGUUCUUGAUCAGUCAGCAUCCAAGUUAAUUCUUUUCCUCACAUUGGGAAUUCCUAUUAUAUGUUUGUUGAUGAUGUAUUUCAUCCGUCGAUGCACACCGCGUUCCGGCGAGGACUCAUCAGAACAUUUUCACUUUCUGUUCACCCAAGCCUCAAGCGUCUUUCUUUCCAUAUAUCUUCUCGCCACUACCUUUUUGAAGGACACAAUCUCCAUUAGUAAAAAUAUCAGCUAUGUAUUAGUUGUCAUUAUGGUUAUUCUCUUGUUAUCUCCUCUUGCAAUCCCUUUGAAAAUGACAUUAUUCCCCGCAAGGCCUAAAGAAGGUGAUUCUAGCCAAACGACCCCUUUGUUAACACCGUCUUCUUCAUCGGCACAACUUGGUAGCUUUCGCGAGGGUGAAGAAAUGUCAGACACAGAAUUCUUGCUGGCUGUGGGUGAGGGUGCAGUAAAACCUAAAAGAAGACCGAGGAGGGGAGAUGAUUUCAGAUUCCGCGAAGCUGUUGUAAAGGCCGAUUUCUGGCUCCUUUGGUUUGCAUACUUUCUCGGGGUUGGUUCUGGAGUUACUGUCCUUAACAACUUAGCACAGAUUGGAGUUUCACUCGGCGUGGAUGAUACGACAAUAUUGCUGAGCUUGUUUAGCUUUUUUAACUUCUUGGGCCGUCUCGGAUCUGGUGCAGUUUCUGAGCAUUUUGUGAGGUCAAGAACAAUUCCCAGGACAUUCUGGAUGAUAGUAACCCAAAGUAUCAUGACCAUAGCAUUUCUCCUGUGCGCAUCAGCUCUUCCGGGGACUCUAUACCCUGCAACAGCAUUGCUUGGGGUUUGCUUCGGGGUUCAGUUCGGCAUUAUGAUCCCAACUGCAUCUGAGCUCUUCGGGUUGAGGCAUUUCGGUGUCAUAUUCAACUUCAUGCAGCUGGGCAACCCCAUUGGUGCACUUCUCUUCUCUGGUUCACUUGCUGGUUAUGUAUAUGACACAGAGGCUGCCCAUCAAGGUGCUGAUCAUUGUUUAGGCCCGAAUUGCUUUAGGCUCACGUUCCUGGUUUUGGCAGGAGUUUGUGCUCUGGGAUCUUUCUUGAGUAUAAUUCUGACGGUUAGAAUCAGACCGGUGUAUCAGAUGCUAUAUGCUGGUGGAUCAUUCCGUGUGCAGCAGAGUGCAGUCCAUUGAUAAGCCGGGUUUAUCGGGAUAUAAUCGAUUCACACGUAUUUAUUUCUGUCCCUUGAAACCAGACUGCUCUGGGUUUUUAUUGAUUCUAUAUUUCUAUAUCUGAUGUAAACCACUUUAAUAGAAAUGUAGAAUCAUAUCUUUGUCCGAAUGUGAUGGAAGUCAAAUGCAAAAAAGGAUUAGAGAAGGGCCAUCAUAUUUGCAAUGUGAAAUUUUACAAUUCCAAAGUACAUCACUUGUUUUGUAAAGGUAUGUGAUAAAAAAAUAACUUCAACGUGUAUGGAGCGGACUAUGUAAGCCAUAUUGUAGGAGAAGUUUAUUAAUAUAAACUUUUGUCUCACG